ACUAUUCUAUGCUAUCUACUACUCGUACGUGUAUAGAACAAGGGAGGGAGGCCGAGAAAUCAUGUCCGCCCUUUCCAUCCUCCACAGGGCUUGCCUCCGACUCGCCCUGCUCCCGCUCCCGCUCGCGCCUCUGCGCGCUCCCCUUCGCUCCUCUAGUCUUCCGCGGCCGCUCCGCCUGCCUCGCCGGACCGCCAUGAGCUCCGCCGCCUCCAGGAUGUCCCACAUCGCCGCCGCCGCAGCCUCCGGGGAGUCCAAUCAGCCGGCGGCGGCGGGGGCGGCUGCGUCCGGCUUGGGCCAGGAAGACGACGAUCUUUCAUUGGGCUACCGCCUUCCCCCCAAAGAAAUACAGGACAUUGUUGAUGCACCGCCACUUCCUGUUUUGUCGUUCUCACCAAGCAAAGACAAGAUUCUAUUUCUCAAACGUCGAGCGCUUCCACCACUAUCUGAUCUCGCAAAGCCUGAGGAGAAACUUGCUGGUGUGAGGAUUGAUGGCCAUUCUAAUACUAGAAGUCGAAUGUCUUCCUACACUGGAAUAGGUAUCCAUAAGCUAAUGGAUGAUGGAACUUUGGGCCCAGAGAAGGUGGUCCAUGGAUACCCUGAAGGAGCAAAGAUUAAUUUUGUUACCUGGUCACAUGACGGUCGUAAUCUAUCAUUCAGUGUUCGAGUUGAAGAGGAGGACAACAAAAUCAGCAAGCUAAGGGUAUGGAUUGCAGACGUGGAAUCUGGAGAAGCACGACCACUUUUUAAAUCUCCUGAUAUAUACUUGAAUGCUAUUUUUGACAGCUUUGUAUGGGUUGAUAACUCUACUUUGUUAGUCUGCACCAUCCCUGUAUCACGUGGAGCUCUACCACAGAAGCCAUCAGUUCCAUCUGGUCCAAAAAUUCAGUCUAAUGAGACAAAGAAUGUGGUCCAAGUGAGAACAUUCCAGGAUCUUCUGAAAGAUGAAUAUGAUGCUGAUUUAUUUGAUUACUAUGCAACCUCACAGCUCAUGUUGGUCUCUUUGGAUGGAACUGUGAAGCCAAUGGGGCCUCCUGCUGUAUACACAUCCAUUGAUCCAUCACCAGAUGACAAAUAUUUGAUGCUUUCUUCUAUCCACCGUCCAUAUUCCUAUAUUGUACCCUGUGGAAGGUUUCCAAAGAGAGUUGAAUUAUGGACUGCAGAUGGUAAGUUUAUUAGGGAACUUUGUGACUUGCCCCUUGCAGAGGACAUACCAAUUGCGACGAGCAGCGUGCGCAAGGGAAAACGUUCAAUCUAUUGGAGGCCAGACAAACCUUCAACUUUGUAUUGGGUGGAGACACAGGAUGGUGGAGAUGCAAAGGUUGAAGUUUCACCACGUGACAUAGUUUACAUGGAAAAUGCUGAGCCCAUAAAUGGCGAACAACCAGAAAUUCUACAUAAACUUGACCUCCGAUAUGGAGGAAUCUCUUGGUGUGAUGAAUCUCUUGCUUUGGUGUAUGAAUCAUGGUACAAAACUCGGAAAACAAGAACAUGGGUGGUUGCUCCAGACAAGAAAGAUGUCAGUCCGUGCAUUUUAUUUGACAGAUCUUCAGAAGAUGUGUACUCUGAUCCUGGUUCGCCAAUGCUGCGAAGAACUGCCAUGGGAACAUAUGUUAUUGCAAAGGUUAAUAAACAAGAUGAAAGUACUUACCUCUUGCUGAAUGGAAUGGGUGCCACACCAGAAGGAAACGUUCCAUUCCUUGACUUGUUUGAUAUAAACACUGGAAGUAAAGAGCGAAUAUGGGAAAGUGACAAGGAAAAAUACUUUGAAACUGUUGUUGCCUUGAUGUCAGACAAAAUUGAUGGGGACCUUCCCCUUGACCAGUUAAAGAUACUUACAUCAAAAGAAUCAAAAACAGAAAAUACACAAUAUUACCUACAAAUUUGGCCGGAAAAGAAGCAAGUUCAGAUUACAAAUUUUCCCCACCCAUACCCCCAGCUUGCUUCAUUGUAUAAGGAAAUGAUAAGGUACCAGCGCAAAGAUGGGGUUCAACUUACAGCAAAGUUGUAUCUACCUCCAGGUUAUGAUCAAUCAAAAGAUGGACCUUUGCCAUGUUUAGUUUGGUCAUACCCUGGUGAGUUUAAAAGCAAAGAUGCUGCGGGACAAGUACGUGGUUCCCCUAAUGAGUUUUCAGGGAUUGGUGCUACAUCUCCUCUUCUUUGGUUGGCUAGAGGGUUUGCUAUUCUUUCAGGUCCGACAAUCCCGAUUGUUGGUGAAGGUGAUGUAGAGGCGAACGACAGUUAUGUGGAACAGCUAGUAACUAGUGCAGAGGCUGCCGUCGAGGAAGUUGUCAGGAGAGGGGUGGUCCAUCCUGAUAAAAUAGCUGUUGGCGGUCAUUCGUAUGGUGCAUUCAUGACAGCAAAUCUCUUAGCUCAUGCUCCUCAUCUUUUCUGCUGUGGAAUUGCUCGUUCCGGAGCUUACAACAGGACGUUAACUCCAUUUGGGUUUCAGAAUGAGGACAGAACGCUUUGGGAGGCAACUAACACCUAUGUGGAGAUGAGCCCUUUCAUGUCGGCUAACAAAAUCAAGAGACCAAUAUUACUUAUUCAUGGGGAGCAAGACAACAAUUCUGGAACACUGACAAUGCAGUCGGACCGAUUCUUCAAUGCGUUGAAGGGUCACGGUGUACAGUCUCGUUUGGUAAUACUUCCUUUUGAAAGCCAUGGGUACUCUGCCAGGGAGAGCAUUAUGCACGUGCUUUGGGAGUCGGACAGGUGGCUGCAGAAGUACUGUGUAAACGGCACUAGCAAGGCUGAUUCAGAGACAGCAGCUGAUGGAGAAAGUAAAACAUUGGCAGCCAGUGGUGGUGGAGCAGCACCUGAAGGUCUAAGCUCCGACGGAUUCUCAUCAAUCCCACGAUCGCUUCUGUGAUCAACUACUGUUAAGAUGUAUGGGAAAUAAAACCAUCUCUGGACAGCAUGCACAGGCCAAAAGGAAAAUAAAAUGUGCUGCCGAACUUGUAUGAACCAGUGCUUCUUCCAGGCAAGUCUGGAUGACCAUUGUAUUUUGACUGCAUUUCCGCAGAGGGUGAUUAUUUCAUAUUACCUCCGUCCCAAAUUACUUGGAUGUACCUAACACGUUUAGUGUUAGAUACACCCGUGUCUAGACAAAUCUAAGUAAUUUGAGAUGGAGGGAGUAGAUUGGUGGCGGCUAAGGAAAGCUUCAUAUUGUUGGAUAUUGCGCCCUGGCUGAAUUCUGUUGCUGGGGACGCCCAAGAUACUGUAAUUUUGUACCCACACCUAUUGACAAUGUACAGGUGUAGACUAGCGCGUACCAUUACCAAAACAGUCGCUGCGUGCAGUGUUCUAUUGUUUGACUGCGGAGAUAAAUUUAUGAUGGUGAACAGCUUAA